AUGUUUAGUCAGUCAUCAAGACUUAAUAUCAAUAAGACAAUCCAUGCUGGACAGAAAGGUUACGUUUGUAAGGAAUGUGGCAAAGCCUUCAACUGGCACUCAGCACUAAUUCAAAAUCACCUAGUGCAUACUGGAGAGAGACCUUACAAAUGUGAAGAAUGUGGUAAAACUUUUAAGUAUGGGUCAUCGCUAAAUGGACACAGGAAAAUCCAUACUGGAGUGAAACAUUACAAACUUAAAAAAGGUGGGAUGGCCUUUACCCAAGACUCACCUCUUACUAAACACCACAGAAUUCAUGCUGGAGACAAAUCUUUGGAAUGUCAACAAUGUGGCAAAUCCUUUAACUGGCCCUCAAGCUUUAAUCGACAUUCCAGAAUCCAUACUGGAGAGAAACCUUACCAAUGUAAAGAGUGUGGCAAGGCCUUUAAAUGGCACUCAUACCUUAAGGAACAUCACAGAAUCCAUACCAGAGAGAAACCUUACCAAUGUAAAGAAUGUGGCAAAGCCUUUAAGUGGCACUCAUACCUUAAUCAACAUCACAGAAUUCAUACUGGAGAAAAACCUUACCAAUGUAAAGAGUGUGGCAAGGCCUUUACCUGCACCUCAGAUCUUACUGGACAUCACAGAAUCCAUACUGGAGAGAAACCUUACAAAUGUCAAGAAUGUGGCAAGGCCUUUAGCCAGCAAUCAUCCCUUAUUCAACAUCACAGAAUGCAUACUGGAGAGAAGCCUUACAAAUGUCAAGAAUGUGGCAAGGCCUUUAUCCAUCACUCAAAGCUUACUGAACAUCACAGAAUCCAUACUGGAGAGAAACCUUACCAAUGUAAAGAAUGUGGCAAGGCCUUUAACCAGCCCUCAGUCCUUAGUAGACAUCACAGAAUCCAUACUGGAGAGAAACCUUACCAAUGUAAAGAAUGUGGCCAGGCCUUUAAAUGGCACUCAGACCCUCAACAUCACAGCAUCCAUACUGGAGAGAAACUUCACCAAUGUAAAGAAUGUGGCAAGGCCUCUAAAUGGUCCUCAUACCUUACUCAACAUAUCAGAAUUCAUACUGGAGAGAAACCUUACCAAUGUAAAGAAUGUGGCAAGGCCUUUAAGAACUAUCCACAGCUUACUCAACAUCACAGAAUCCAUACUGAAGAGAAAUCUCACCAAUGUAAAGAAUGUAGCAAGGUCUUUAGCCAACAGUCACACCUUAUUAAACAUCACAGAAUUCAUACUGAUUGA